AUGGUGGACUCAGAUCACAAGCGGCGGGUGUCCGCCGCGUCGACCACGAACGCAUCGACGACGAAUCGCGACUCGGAGAGCUUCCAGCGGUCGAGCUCGGACAGCAAGCGCAUUCUGGACGAGGAGGAUGAGGACCGUGACCGCGACUCCCCCAGCCCGAUCGACAACAUACGGCCCGUGCCGACGCGGGAGCAAACCGUCGACCCGCGCUGGCUGCCCACAUACAUUCCCCCCGACCACCCCCGCCGCACGCUCGUCGUCUGUCUCGAUGGUACCGGCGACCAGUUUGACGCGGACAACUCAAAUAUCGUCCGGUUCUUCUCGAUGCUCAAGAAGGACGACAAGGAGAAGCAGAUGGUGUACUACCAGUCGGGCAUUGGAACGUACACGUCGCCGCAAAUCAUGACGCCGCUCACGGCCAAAGUGAUGAGGGUGCCUAAUCGUUGUCUAUCAGCAUGGAACCUCGAUACUCAUGUGAUGCAUGCCUAUGAGUUCCUCAUGCAGAACUAUACCGUGGGUGACUCGAUAUGCCUCUUUGGUUUCUCCCGCGGCGCGUACACGGCUAGGAGCCUGGCCGGCAUGAUCCACAAAGUUGGGCUGCUGCCUGCCGACAAUUGGCAGCAGGUUCCAUUUGCAUACAAGAUGUAUACGCGCGCCGACGAGAUCGGAUGGAAGCAGUCGAACGCCUUCAAGAAGGCCUUCUCGCGCGACGUGUCUAUCCAAUUCGUGGGCGUAUGGGACACCGUAGACUCCGUCGGUAUCGUCCCCAAGCGUCUGCCCUUCACGACGUCCAAUACCAUCGUACACACCUUCCGGCACGCCCUCGCGCUCGAUGAGCGUCGCGCCAAGUUCCUCCCUAACGUCUGGAAUCAACCAACCAAGAAGGAGUCCCAUAUCGCUACGCCUGAGAACAAUCGGAGGACCACGAGCAAGAAGCGGACGAGCGAGGACUCGGCAGCGGCGCUGAGCGCGAUGGAGCGGCUGUACAGCGAGCGCUCGAACCAACCGACGGACGUGCAGGAGGUGUGGUUCGCUGGGUGCCACUGCGAUGUCGGCGGCGGCUCGGUCAAGAACAAUGUGCCGCAUUCGUUGGCGCGCAUCUCGCUGCGCUGGAUGGUGCGCGAGUGCUUCAAGACGGACAGCGGUAUCAUCUUCGAGGCUGCGCGUCUGAAGGAGAUCGGUCUCGAUCCAUCCGACCUCUAUCCCAUUGUCGCUCCGCGCCCUCCGGCACGCUCUAAGCCCGCGCCCGUCAACGUCGCCCAAGCCGACAAGCAGCCCGUCAGGCAGGAAGGUCUCCACGACUUUCACGGCCCCGAUGGCGAGCUCCUCUACGGCAACGAGGAGGAGGAAGAGCUCAAGGACGCGCUGUCCCCCAAGUACGACCAGCUGCGCAUCUGCAAGGCGUGGUACCUCCUCGAGCUGCUGCCGAUCAAGAUCCGCAAGCAGAACGAGCAAGGGGAGUGGACGCACAAGCACACGUGCAACCUCGCCCGAGGGCGGACGAUCCCGAAGCAGAAGGCUCAGGGGAUCAAGGUGCACCGGAGUGUGCGCAUGCGGCAGGAGGCGGUGAUGGAGAAUGGGAAGAAGUACAAGCCGAAGGCGCAGUUCUUCGUGCAACCGACGUAUGUCGACUAA